CUUUUGCGCUUGGCUGCUGCCAAUUCUGUUCCUCCCCACUCGCCUACAUAUAAGUGCUCCUCUCCUCUGAACCUCUCGUCCUCUCGUAGUCGCGUGCCUCCACCUCCACUACACCGCACCGCGCCAUCAGAAGGCCGGCCGGGUCGGUCGGUGCAAGGAUAUUGCACACACACGCUCGCAGACACGGUGUGACAGCAAUUGCCUCCGGCGAUGUCCGUUUCUUGGCCGGCGCCGUCGACGUGCGCGGCCGCCGGGGCCCUCCUGGCCGCCGCGUGGCUGCUGUGCUUCAGGCUGUUCCCGGCCGUGGCGAGGCCGAGAAGGCGGGCGAUGAAGACGGGGGCGCAGCUCCCUCCCGGCAGCUUCGGGUGGCCGGUCGUCGGCGAGACGCUGGACUUCGUCUCCUGCGCCUACUCCCCACGCCCCGAGGCGUUCGUUGACAAGCGCCGCCUCCGGUACGGCAGCGCGGUGUUCCGGUCGCACCUGUUCGGGUCGGCGACGGUAGUGACGGCGGACGCGGAGGUGAACCGGUUCGUGCUGCAGAGCGACGCGCGGUCGUUCGUACCGUGGUACCCGCGGUCGCUGACGGAGCUCAUGGGCAAGUCCUCCAUCCUCGUCAUCAACGGCAGCCUGCAGCGCCGCGUCCACGGCCUCGUCGGCGCCUUCUUCAAGUCGCCGCAGCUCAAGGCGCAGGUCACCGCCGACAUGCAGCGCCUCCUCGCCCCGGCGCUCGCCGCCUGGCGCGAGCAGGGGCCCGGCGCGCGCCUCCGCAUCCAGGACCACGCCAAGACGAUUGUGUUCCAGAUCCUGGUGCGGGCUCUGAUCGGGCUGGAGGCAGGCCCAGAGAUGCAGCAGCUCAAGCAGCAAUUCCAGGAAUUUAUUGUCGGACUCAUGUCCCUUCCCAUUAAGCUGCCAGGGACUAGGCUCUACAGAUCCCUCCAGGCCAAGAAGAGGAUGGCGAGGGUCGUACAGAGGAUCAUACAGGAGAAGAGGAGGAGGAGGGCCCUCGACGGCGGCGGCGCGCCGAGAGACGCCAUCGACGUGCUCAUGGGCGACGGCAGUGAGGAGCUCACCGACGAGCUCAUAUCCGACAACAUGAUCGACUUCAUGAUCCCCGCCGAGGACUCCGUGCCGGUGCUCAUCACGCUCGCCGUCAAGUUCCUCAGCGAGUGCCCCCUCGCCUUGCAACAGCUUGAGGAGGAGAACAUGCAGCUCAAGAUGAGAAAAACCGACCUGGGUGAAACCUUGCAAUGGACUGACUACAUGUCCUUGUCAUUCACGCAGCAUGUGAUAACGGAGACGCUGCGGAUUGGGAACAUCAUCAGUGGGAUCAUGCGCAAGGCGGUCCGCGACGUCGAAGUGAAGGGGCAUCUCAUCCCCAAAGGAUGGCGUGUGUUCAUGUACUUCCGGUCGGUCCACCUCGACGACAUGCUCUACAAGGAUCCCUGCAAGUUCAAUCCAUGGAGGUGGAAGUGUGUCAAUCAACAGGAGAAGGACAUGAGCACUAGCAGCUUCACCCCUUUUGGUGGUGGGCAGAGGCUGUGCCCGGGCCUGGAUCUGGCCAGGCUGGAAGCUUCCAUCUUUCUCCACCACUUGGUCACCAGCUUCAGGUGGGUGGCCGAGGAGGACCACAUCGUCAACUUCCCCACCGUGCGCCUCAAGGGAGGCAUGCCCAUCAGGGUCACCGCCAAAGACUAGCUACCCGUUACUCGGACCAUCGUCCUUGAUCAACUCCCGGCAGCAGCCAAGCCAGCCAAAGGCUCAAGUUACAUGUGCAUAUACAUAAUGCUACUGCUACAAGUAUGUGGUGUUAUCCAUAGCAAGGUUAAAAGCCCCUUCAAGGAGUAAGCUAGCUAGGCAACAUCUGAUGUGAGUACAUAGGGGGGCAUGUAGAAGUGUUGUAGGGGAGCUUAAUUAGCCAAGGAGUAGUAGGUGCCACUGAUGAUCACUGUGGCUCGUUAAUCAUAGCAGAGGGAGACUCUGACCGAUGAUGCAUGCUGUUAUAGUAGUAUAAGUAGUAGUAUAGUGCUUGUGUCACAAGGAAUAGAUAUAUCAUCUAUGUAUACAUGGAAGAACUUUGCCAUCUGC